UUGGCACAUUUGGUCGAACGCCGAGCGUCCGUGUCCACUGCUUCUGGUUCCGUGCACAGCUCCGGCCACCGAAUACGGUACGGUGAUGGAUUCACGCGGUGGUGGAAAGCCAGCCGCAAUCCGGAAACCCCACGAGCCCAAAUUCAACCCGACGCCACGAGGCAACCUGACUCGGGACGGUGGAGCCGUAGGCCCGUAGCUUAGGCCACCGCCCCCGAUCUCGCCGCCGACGCCCGCCGCCGUCGCGUAGUUUUUGCUUCAGGUCGUCGUGCGCAGCUGGUGCCCUUCGCGGUCGGGGUCCCGCGGGUCGCCUCCCGACCCCGCCGCUGGUGUCCCUCCCAUAUCCCUAACCAUGGGAGGCUCCACCACCGUGAGGGAUGGGACUCUGUCCCAUGGCGACUUCGUUGCCUCAGCGAAGGCUCUGAUCGAGAAGUGGAAGGAGAUCGAUGUUGACGACGCUCUUCCCGACUGGCGAUGGAAGCCUUGCUGCAAGAUGGGAGUUCCAUCUGAGGAAGAGGGCUAUCUGGCUCUUGAAGGAGUAUACCGUAAUCAUGGAGGAAGCCAGGUCCAGAGCUGUAGUGGCAAUCUUCAUUUUUACGAUUACCAUGUUGUGUACAGCUUUUCUUACAAGGUUCCAGUGCUAUACUUUCAGGGUCAUCAGUCUGGUGGCCAGCUGCUAACUCUAGAUGAGAUUAAAGAGGACCUUCCUUCUCUCUCACUCAAAUUAUUAGGCGAAUCAAGGUGGACGUUUAUUACUCGAGAGGAGCAUCCCCAUUUUAGUAGGCCAUGGUUCACUUUGCAUCCCUGUGGAACCAGUGACUGUAUGAAGUUACUUCUUGAAGGAAUGCAAGACAAGGAUCAACAAGUGCGAUACUUACCAGCUUGGCUAACUGUGGUUGGCCAGGCAGUAGGAUUGAAAAUCCCACUUGGGCUUCAUUGCAAUUCAUAGCUUCACCUUUUUUUUUCAGUCUGUAGUGUUAUUUCGGUGAAAGGAAAGCGCUCGCCUCUUAUUUCAGUGUAUAUGUUGAUAAAUAUUUCAUGUACCGCUUCACUUGAUAAUUUGCCAAUGCGUAGUGUUGCAAAUGUCUAAUUUCAUCGCAUCUCCUAGAAUGUCAGAACGGAUGCAGCUGCUCAGCUGCAGAUUUGACAUAUUUCCUCGAUUUUUGUUAUGAACAUGCAAAUGAAUGAUUUUUUUUU